AUGAACGCGACCUUUCUGAACCACAGCGGCUUGGAGGAGGUGGGCGGCGUGGGCGGCGGCGCCGGGGCCGCCCUGGGGAACCGCAGCCACGGGCUGGGCACGUGGCUGGGCUGCUGCCCCGGGGGCGCACCGCUGGCCACCAGCGACGGGGUCCCAGCGGGGCUAGCGCCGGACGAGCGCAGUCUGUGGGUGUCGCGCGUGGCGCAGAUCGCCGUGCUCUGCGUGCUGUCGCUUACCGUGGUCUUCGGCGUCUUCUUCCUGGGCUGCAACCUGCUCAUCAAGUCCGAGAGCAUGAUCAACUUUCUGGUGCAGGAGCGCCGGCCCUCCAAGGACGUGGGCGCCGCCAUCCUGGGACUGUACUGAGCGCCAUCUGGGCCCGCCCUCGCCAGCGCGGCUGCAAGAAGGACGCGGGAGACCUGGACCCUCGCCCCGCUCUCUGCCGCUGCCUCCCGGCGGGCAGCGACGUGCCUGGGGCGUGCUGGCAGGGACGCGGCGAGACUCUCGGCUGGGGCACUGGAAGGGACUUGGACGCCGGCUUGGUCCUCUGUACGCUGCACCGUUGCGGGGUGGGAGAGUAGAGGGCGAGGGUUCUUACCAGGGUUUUUUUGUUGUUUUUAAGACAUUCGGGCCAGGGUGGGGGUGGGUACAGGGAUGCCAUUUGGGGCUGCGGUCGCUCGCGUGGGAGUUUUGUGUGUACAUUGGUGCGGGUGGGUUCGGAGCAGGGUGUAGGGAGAGUGGGUGAGGAUGUUAAGCGUCAGAGUCGCUGAGCUUCUUGGCCUGAUUUUGCGUUUGGAAAGAAAUCUUGUAAUAAAACUGCAGCUGUAGGGCUUCGGGCAGCUUCCCA